AUGAGUGACGAGCGCAGUUAUCGCAUGUUGGUUCUACUAGAGGACGGGGCGCAGAAUUCCGGCUGCGAGCAACUUCAAAAUGGCGAAAAGCCCGAUCAAUCCGCCAAGGUUUCACACGAAUUUGUGGACGAGCUGAUAUUGCCAUUCGACGUCGAAGAAAUGGACAAGCUGAAUCUGUGGUUUGAUAAGUUUGAUUCUGACAUUUGCAUUCCCAAUGAAGGGUUCAUAAAGUAUGAAAUUAGCAGUGAUGGGUUGGUGGUGUUGUUGCUGGAUCGAUCGCGCGAAGAAGUGGUGGCCCAAGUCCGUAGGUUUGUUGAGUCAACUCUAGUUCCCGAAGCCACCGAGCAUAACGACAAUGACGAAGAGUCAAAUUAG